CACAUCGCAAUUCUGCACGCUCUCGCUCUCCCCUUUUCAAUCGCCGAUGUAUGGCAGGCGUACGGUCUGAAAUUGAUUGUUGUGAUAUCGUCCAUUCAAAUUUUGCUAUCGCUAUCUUUAUGAGUCUUGGUGAUUUAGUCUUCCAUAUCGGAUGCCUUUUAAUCACUUUCGCAGAUUUCUUUGAGCAGUAGUCAUGACUGUGUUACUGGUGUCCACGGACCUUAAGAGGAAUUUAUCGAUUUAAUAUUGUGCACUGUUUUCCUUUGGAUUCAGUAGCUUACGGUUUGUUGUCCUGAUUCUGUACUUCCUUGUUAAUCUGCUCGGAUAAUCUUUGAGGGUCUUCCUUCCUUCAUCUACAACUGGAUGGGACCCUAAAUCUGGACAGCAAAAUCAGAAGCCAUUUAUUAGCGCGUUCUCAGUUGCGCAAAAAUCCAACAUGUCGAUUCUGGACCGUCAGUUCAAAAAGUUUUUUGGCGAAAUAUAACGUUCGACCAUGCUUUGCUAAAUUUGGAACCUGACUGCUUUUCUCUUGAUGUGCCGUGUCUCGUAUUGAUCUUGAUAAUCCCUUUCUCAAGUGGAACUCUUGCUGCUUCUCGGGGAAUUUAUUAUUGAAAUUUACCUGGUUGUAUUCAGAAUGGGAAAGAAGCUGUCGAAAUUAUUUGGUGGAAAAGAAAUGCGGAUUCUCAUGCUUGGAUUGGAUUCCAGUGGUAAAACAACUAUUCUUUACCGAUUGAAGUUGGCUCAGCACUCCAACAUUACGACCAUUCCAACCGUUGGCUUCAAUGUGGAGACGAUAUCUUUCAAGAAAUUUCGCAUGUCUGUAUGGGACGUUGGUGGACAAGAUAAGAUUCGGCCUCUUUGGAGACAUUACUUCACCGGCUCACAGGCAUUAAUUUUUGUCGUCGAUUCCGCCGAUAUUGAUCGACUUGACGAGGCACGACAGGAAUUCCAUAGAAUCAUUAAUGAUCGCGAAAUGAAGGAUGCCAUCAUCUUAUUAUUUGCCAAUAAACAGGAUCUCCCAAAUGCUGUACGACCACAUGACCUGCAGGAUAGGUUGGGAUUAACGAGGCUGCAGAAUCGGAUAUGGUAUGUGCAGCCUUGUUGCGCCCCGACCGGAGAUGGAUUAACCGAGGGCCUCACAUGGUUGACAUCCAACUACAAACAGUAGUUCGCGUAGUCGUGAUAGUAUUUCGGGGUUUUGCGGGGAAGAUUUCUGUUUGCGUUUGAUGGAGGGUGUUGGGGGUUGGUUGAACUUUUUCUAUUGAUCGUAUUUUGUUGCCACCUUGAUGGUUUUUUGAACUUUUUUCCAACGCGUGAAUUGAUCUGCGGUUGGAUUGGACUCUGAUGUUGAUUUUUUGAAAAAAUUCCCCUUUUGUACCGGUUUCGUCUGCUUUGGAGUUUAGUCCGGAUUGAGUGCAUGUGAACGGUUGCUUGGCCAUACAUACAAAAGUUUGAAACGAAUAAAGUUUCAUC